AUGACAUACAAGGAGAUACAGGAGGCUAUACCAAAGCUUCUUGAAAUUAUCGAGCAGAAAGAGAUUCGGCUAGUCCCCAACGCAUUCAACUCUCACCCCGAAUUCAUUGCAUGCUUCCAAGCCUCCGCCAUUGCUGCUGUGCCUUUGAUACUUCUGGACCUUACACAGUCCAUCAGAAGAAUCGGUGCCAGUCUCGAUGAGAUCAAAUCCGAGCUUGCGAUUUCAAACAUAGCUAGGGUUCAAGGCUGGGCAGACGAUGGCUUCGGGACAUACGUCCACCGCUUUGUCCAAAACCAAAUGGCACCGUUGGGGGGGCAUACAAGGGGCACUAAUCAUUUCUUCUAUGUGUGGAAUCCUGAUAGUGAUUGGUAUCCGGAUUUCGAAGGAAGACAGAGAGAGGAUCCGCUUGGUCCCAACUUUGGUGGCUAUCAUCACGACCUAGCCACGAUUUGUCUCAGAAUGAGAGCUGACAGACGAGCGCUAAUUGCAGCCACUGAGUACGGAACGAGUGCGGUGUUCCAUCUUAUCAUUCCGAGUUAUUAUCCAAUUGUGAUAGAAACGCCUAUCAUCUUCGCCGAGGAUCUGUUUCCGCUCAUCAUUACCGGAGGCCGACAUCGAGGCACGGAUCUCGUUUGGUUCAACCUCGAUGAGCGCUCAAGGUUUCCGAGUCCACAGCUCGAAUUCAUCGGCUUUUUGCCCCCAGUUAAGAAUGAUUUGGGUAUAGGCGCUGCUGUAACCUUUCUGGGUUGUUGUUUUGGCUGUGUAGCUUCCGGGGUCGCAGCAGUCGCGUUCCCGCCUUGCGCCCCUGUUGCAGACGUCGUUCUCGCCUCAUGCUGGACCACCUGGUUAGCGUCGGGUUUGGUGGGCAAUGCAGCGCAAGUAUAG